AUGAGCAGCGGUAGAGACGACCAUCAACAACAGCAGCAACAGAGUUCAACAGGAUCUAGACAACAACAGCAGCAUCACCAUCAUCACCACCAUCAUCACCUUCAUCAUCAUCAUCACCAUCAUAACGGCCUUGACAGCCAACUGUCCAAUGUACAUAGAUCCUUUAUGCAAGAGCAUAUCAAUGCUCACACUCAGCAUGCUGCAUUCCAACUACAAAACUUUGAGAGACUACAGAUCUUGAACCAACUCAACCAAAUCAAUCAUAUCAAUCAACUGAAUCACAUGAAUCAGCUAAAUAUUCCUGAGUUUCAACAACAGCAGCAACAACAACAACAGCAUAUCUUGCAGCAGCAACAACAACAGCAACAACAGCAGCAACAACAGCAGCAACAACAACAACAACAGCAGCAGCAGCAACAACAACAAUAUCCACAUAUUUAUCGUCCACAACAACAACAACAACCUCCAAAUUUACCAACACAUUCACAGCAGCAACAACAACAAUCAUCUACAAUGCAAUCACAUCUUCAUCAACAUCAACAAUCACAUCAACAACAUCAAUAUCAACAACCUCCACAACCGCAUCGAACGACAACAAAUAUACAUGCGCAUCCUCAUUCUCAUCCUCAUCAGCAACAACAACAACAUCAUCAUCAGCAACAACAACAGCAGCAGCAGCAAAUUAAUCGACAACAAGUACCACUCCAACAGAGUCACACUCAAACACAUCAAACAUUUUCAUCGGCAACACCAGUAUUGGAGAUUCACAUGCACAUUCACAACCAGAGUGUACUUGGUAAUCACAGCAGUGCACCACAACACAAUGCACAGUAUCUACAGUCACUGGCAGCACAGAACUUGCGUAACCAUCAAUAUUUGAAUCAACAACAACAACUGCAGCAGCAGCAGCAACAGCUUCACCAUCACCAUCAUCAUCACCACCAUCAUCAUCGAUCGUCUUUCCCACCACCAACCACAGUCUACGACGUCGACUCUGACGAAUAUAUACUGGAGAAUCAUCACAAUCAUAAUCAUCAUCAUCACCCACAAACCUAUGAAGAACUCUCUGAACUCCAAGACGUUCCAAGAGGUAUUCCACCCGAUGAAAUCGCCAAACUCAAGCGACAACUCUUUUCAAAAGCUACACAGACCGAAAACAAUAUUUGUGGAAUUUGUUUGGAACAAUUCAAAGAAGGUGAUAAAUUGAUUCAUUUACCUUGUUCACAUCAAUACUGUGAGGAUGAAAUAAAGAAAUGUGUUAGUGUUUCAACAACCAAAGACCUCUUGCCAAUUUCAUGUUUUAGAGAAUUGAUUUUCUUUUUUUUACAAUUUAAUAUUUACAAAGAUUAA